AUGGAAGAUAAGGGGGGAAACUAUGUUUCUGGAGAAGUAACUGAUGUGUUGGAAUCAGUUUCAUUUCUGAAUGUUUAUCAGCCUUUGAGAGUUUUCUUGAGAGUGAGACCCUUUUCUACAGCAGAUCUCGAAAGCCAUGAAUCUCAGGGUUGCAUAACCAUUGAAGAUGCCCAAACAGUAAUUCUUAAUGCACCCAAAGAGUCUUCUGCAAUGAAAAACAGCGAAAGAGGGAUUGGCCAUGCUGUGCACAAGUUUACCUUUUCUCAGGUCUUUGGACCAGAAACUACUCAGACUGAUUUUUUCGAAGGCUCAAUGAAAGAAAUAGUAAGAGCAUAUGUUAAUGGAGAGAAUGGACUGGUGUUUACUUAUGGGGUUACAAAUGCAGGCAAGACCUUCACUAUCCAAGGUACUUCAAAAGAUCUUGGUAUCUUACCUCGUUCACUUGAUGUGAUUUUUAACCACAUAAGGGGAAGACAUUACCUGAAGAUGAACUUUAAACCAUAUUUGAGCAACGAUGUUAAGAAACUAGAAGAUGCACAAGUUAAACAGGAAGAAGCCAUAAAAACUGCUAUUCUUGCAUCACUAAAAGAGGAGAUAGAGAGCAUCUCAAAUCCUACAACAAAUGUCUGUGUUAUGAAGUCAGAGUCUUCCAACUGUGCUUCAAACAAUCAUCCCUCUAAUUCACCAGGUAAAACGGACUUUGUUCCACUUGACAUUUAUAGGACUACUGUGCACCAAAGAACACAAGCAUCUGUGUGGAUUUCCUUUUGUGAAAUUUAUAAUGAAUAUGUUUAUGACCUACUAAGUGUAUCAAAAACUCAAAAGCGCAGAGUUUUAAGAAUUUGUGAGGAUCAAGGAGGAAAUUCUUAUAUUAAAGAUUUGAAGUGGAUUAAUGUUCAGAGCACUGAAGAGGCCUGCAAAAUACUGAAAAUAGGAAACAAGAACCGAAGCUUUGCUUGUACUAGAAUGAAUGAGCAAUCGAGUAGAAGUCACAGUAUAUUUUCAAUCAGGCUACUAAAGCUAACUGAUGAGCCUCAGCCACGUGUUCUUGGAGUUACAGAGUUGUCUUUCUGUGACCUGGCUGGAUCAGAGAGGUGUAAUAAAACACAUGUCUUUGGAGAUAGACUAAAAGAAGCAGGAAAUAUUAAUAAUUCUCUUCAUAUCCUUGGAAAAUGCAUUGCAGCAUUGCAACAAAAUCAAAAUCCAAAGAUGAAGCCAAGCUAUAUUCCAUUCAGAGAGAGCAAAUUGACUCGUCUGUUUCAGCCAUUUUUUUGUGGGAAAGGCAAAGCUUGUAUGAUUGUAAACAUCAAUCAGCAUGCUUCUACGUAUGAUGAAACACUACAUGUAAUGAAAUUUUCAGCUAUAGCCAGACAGGUUGUCCAGACAAUCCUACCCAAAAAUUGUGGUUAUUUUUCCUCCAAGCUAGCUGGAGGUGAUGGCAAACUGAUCAUGCACUUUGAUGCUAACACAUCUACAGAUGACUUUCCUGACACUGCUGAAACUUCUGCAGAAGAGGAAGUGGAUAUCACCAUUCUGAGUCAUGAGGACCUCUUGAAAACUACAGAGCAGCUAAAGGAGAGGCUAGUUGCAGAAAGGCAAAGUAAGCUGCUUCUGGAGGUGAAGAUACGUAAAGAGAUGGCAGAAGCAAUGUUUCGACAGCUUCUGGAAACAGAGGAAGCCUGGAGCAACCGCUUGGAAGAUAUGAAAGACAGCUAUGAAGAAAAACUGGAGAGCAAAUUUGAAAUGUAUAAAGAGGCCAUUAAGAAACAUGCAUAUAUGUGUGCAAUGGAACAAAUUGAAGACCAUUAUGUUCCCAUAGAAGAAUUUCUGGCUGAGCAAGAGAAGGUUGAGGAUAGAGAGCGGAAAAUAUUGCAAUUGGAAAGCCAACUUGAUGAACAGUCGAGGAGGCUGUUGGCACUGGGAAGUCUAAAUCCACAUAUCCCAGCUACUGGAAGUAACAUGGAACUAGAUCUUACAGACAGGAGAAUGAAGAGAACCAAUGAAGGAUUGCAGAAACAAUGUGAAGAGAAAGAAGAGCUUAUAAAAUCUCUGAAGCUUAAAAUACAGAAAUUAAAUGAAACCCUGAUAGAAGCUAAUGAAGGCUACAGAAAAAUGUCAGAAGAAAACAGUCAGCUGAAGCACACAAUCAUGCUCAAGGAUCAAGAAAUGACUGGUCUUCAGAACUGGGCUAAACGUGUUCUUGAGCUUGAAGAAACAGUGUCUUCCCUGCAAAGAGAACUUGACAAACGGAAAAAGCAUUUCUCUGUAGAGGAGUCAAAACAACAGAAACCCAGGAGAGGUUUGCUGGCUAAUCUGAAAUCCACAGUAGCAGCCACUGCUAGUACUCCUCUUGGGAAAGGCUGGGGGAAGCAUGAAGAGGCUUCACCCUAUUCAAAAAGGCAAGUACUGUUGCCUCACAAAGCAAAAGAAUAA